CGCACAUGCGCAUUGUCAACGUGGCUGAAGCCGGUGGUUUGACUCAAAAUGUCUAAGGUAACAUUCAAGAUAACGCUGACAUCGGACCCGAAGCUACCAUUCAAAGUACUUAGUGUUCCAGACAGUACGCCAUUUACAGCUGUUCUUAAGUUUGCGGCUGAGGAGUUCAAAGUACCACCUGCAACUAGUGCUAUCAUUACAAACGACGGCAUAGGAAUUAAUCCUGCACAGAGUGCUGGCAAUGUCUUCUUGAAACACGGAUCAGAACUUAGGAUUAUACCAAGAGACAGAGUGGGACACUAAUUAUUAAGUUUGCCAACAAUAACGAAGAGAUAUUCAGAUCAAAGAUGGUGACAUUUUAACAGCUUCAGUCAGUAUUGACGUGACCACAAGCUGCAGCUCAGACAUCAAUGAUAUCAACAUCCUGCAGUUGUUUGCUCUCACUGGCCGUUUUAUCUUCUGACUCGGUGGUAAUUUAUUGCCCAAUCAGUCUGACUGAGUUUCUUGUAUGGUUCUGCUAGGUACUGUAUUUGCUCUAUUACAAGUGUAUCUCCAGUAGAAGUUCACAUGAACCAAAUAUUACAUUUUACUGGAUCUUCAUUUUAUAACUUAUUUUGAUCAUAGAUACACCUCUGCCAUUCACAGAAGUAUGGUACAUGUGCUAAUAACAGAGCAAAUACGGUAUUAGUAAUAUUUUUUUUUAUUUCAAUUCAACAUUAUCAUACAUAAUAAAUAAUCUAAGCCUCAUUUGUUAUACCAUGUCACUGUUUUAGUUUUAGAAUCAAUAGCAUGAAAUACAAAAAUUAUUUAAUAUAUUACUUGUUAUUUCUAGAGAUCUUGUGUGCUUGCUAUGAAUCCAACUGUCAAAGGAAAUGUGGGUUCCAGCGCCUUGCAAGUUUGUGCGUAAUUCAACAUAUGUAUCGCAGAGUGGACAUCUGUUGAAUAAUAAUAAGAAAUUUAAACAGUGUGCCAUGACUGCAAAAACAUGUUUACAAAAAAGGGUGCAAAAAUCUUAAAAUUUCACAUUUUCUGGUUAGUUGUUUAAAAACUGUUACAGUAUUGUGUAGUCAUAUUCUUCUAGCUAUUACAGUGAUCCCAGAAAUGGCAGGAAAGUAGCUUUUGUCACAUACCUGGUCAGGGCGUUCUAAACUCAAUCUCAUCAGAAAUGUCAAUGAUUAUCACCUAUUGCUUGAUGUGCCACCAAUGUAAGAGUGCCAUUCAUGUGAUUUGCAUGUGCUUCAUUUAAACUGACCAAUGAAUGGAGAGUAUUCUAUUUCUUCUAUUGCAUACCCUUUAAUACAUGUAUGCAGUGUUCUCCUUAGAGUUUGUUAACAAGAGAGGCCACUAUGUACAUACAUGCCAUUCAUUCGCAGUAAAAUGAAUGUACCGAUAGGGCGUUCAAUUCAGCGAUGAUCAUGUGACAGUUUCAAGAUCAACAUUUUUGUGUAGCAAAUUAUUCAAUGAACCUUGUUUAGCUGUUUUUUUACCAAUAAACUACUGUAAAAGGGUUAAUUAUUCACUGGAUUUUAAUUUUGCUUAUUUUGCUGUCCUGAUAAAUGCGCUAACUUAAAACCCAGUGAAUAUGUAAAAUUUAGCAUAGAACACAUUAUCUAAAUGAUAAAACCGUGAAUUUAAAACCCACUGAAUAUGCCUGAAAUGGUAAAUCAGCGAAAUUUAAACCCAGUGAAAAUUAGUCAUUUUACAGUAUGUCAAGAAUUACUUUUAUCAAAAUUCCCUGUUAAAUUCAAAUGUCUUUUGUCAACAUUUUUCGAUGAAACUGUAUUAAAGAUUCUCUUGCCUGCAUUAAAAAUUAGAAAAAUAU